CAUUAAAGAGUCGUGGACGAAUCAAUUUUUAUCGUUGACGUACAAAAACGGAAAAAUGGAAAACGACGAUGCAAAUCAUAUUGCGCUCAUAUUAACGAUCAAAAAUGGAAAGUUCGACGAUGCAAGUAAAAUUUUGGAGUGCGAUGACGAAAAUAAAUACGUAGGUCCGUUAGGUGUCCUUCAAGUGACAGCUCUUCAGAUGGCUGCGUGGCAAGGAAACAUAGAUCUGUUGAAUCAACUCUGCGAGAGAGGCGCCGAUAUAAACAGCAAAGAUAAAAUUGGUAGGUGCGCACUUUAUUAUGCGGCGUACAACGGUAAUACUGAAGUGAUCAAGUGGCUUCUUGAACAUGGAGCACAUAUCGACAUCAAAAUGUACUCAUGUACUGAAGAUAUUGGGUCUGAUGAGUACCGAAUCAGAUAUAACCCGUAUGCUUAUCAUCUCCGGCUAACAAAUUCCAGUCUCGUAGGAAGGCAGUUACCAGUACCUACGUGCUGGGGAAGAACGCCCUUGCAUCAGGCGGUGGAAAAUAAUCACGCAGACGUUGUGCGCGUUUUAGUGGAAGGCGGAGCGGAUGUGAAUGUUAAAGAUGAGAACCAGAUUACACCGUUGUUCUUAGCAGGAAUAUCGGUGAAUCGCGACAAUCUCAAUGAGAUGAUUAAGUUCCUUGAGAUCGUUGGGAUUCUAGUCGCCGCGAAGGCGUCCGUUAACGCUUUUCCAAAUUCGAGUAUCACUGGUCUGCACGUUAGGGUAAUGCUGCGCAGUGCAGCAGCAACGAAGAUAUUAUUGUUAAAUGGUGUAUGGCCAUUAAAGAACUCCGGAAGUAUGCUCCUUCAUAUUGCCGCGAGAAUAGGCAAUAUUGAAACACUAACAAUUUUACUUGAAGCAAUGUCACCCGAGUUUGAUAUUGAUAUACCUGAUGAGGAGAAUCAUACGGCUCUUCAUAUAGCAGUUUAUCAAGGUCAUCGCGAGUGCGCACAUACUUUGAUCAGUCGUGGAGCUAAUUUAGCUGCAGUAACGAAUACUCGAGCUACCGCCGUGGAUGCUAUAUUUGAUUAUAUUUGGCAACCAUUAGACUUCUUAACAGAUGUCUUAAAUUCUUGCGUAACAACAGGCAAAUAUUAUCGUAUAAAGAAAAAAUACAUUUAUAUCAAGAUCGACUUCAGUAUAUUGGUUCCAGAAGAUCAGACGCAAAUGGCAGUAGUCACAGCUAUUAUUGCCGCAGCUUCGAAUAUAAAGCAACUGGCAAUAUUACAGCAUCCAGUUGUAGAGACCUUUCUCGGAUUAAAGUGGGAGAGAUUAAGAAUAUUUUUCUUUGUUCUUAUAUUCAUACACUUGUCUUUUGUUAUUUUUCUCUCAAACUAUGCUUUAAUGAUUGCACAAAAUGAUACAGAUCACGUGGUGACUCAAACAAUCGUAGCAUUGUGGUCUUGCAUAUUUUUGCUUUACAAUACGAUUCAAGUUAUAUCAAAACCAAAGAAUUAUUUGAGACAAUUAGAACCAUGGUUGUCAUUCAUAUGCGCCAUAUUAUCCUUGAUAACAUCGAUAGCGGGAAAGUUCGUAAAGUGUUCAAAGGAAGAAAUCGAGUCUCGAGUGCAUUGCAUGGACUGGGUGCUACAUUCCAUCAGCAUCGCAAUCUUGUUGAGUUGGAUGCAAAUGAUGUUGUUAAUUAGCCGAGUUCUAAUGUGGGGAGAUUAUGCGCUCAUGUUUUACACAGUGUUGAAGAACAUUUUAAAGGUUCUCUUAGCAUUUGGCUCCUUGAUUAUUGGAUUCGCAUUAAGCUUUGCCGUUUUGUUUCACGGAAACGAUAGAUUUCAAAAUUUCUCGAGAUCUAUCAUAAAAACUGUGGUAAUGAUGAUGGGCGAGUAUGAGUACGAGGAACUGUUUGACACUAAGAACGGUGAGGGUACUUUUCUACCAGUCACCAGCAGAAUCGUGUUCAUCGUCUUCGUCAUGUUCGCCAGUAUCAUUCUGAUUAAUCUCAUGAUCGGUCUAGUGGUCAAUGACAUUCAAGGUCUUGAAAAAGAGGGCCACACACGUCGAUUAAUGAAACAAGCACAAUUUGUCGCACAUAUAGAAAGAGUGAUGUCACACCGAAUCUUUCGCAGCAAUUGGCUACAUCAUCGCUUUAGAAAACUACUGUCCUCGAGAUGCAAUAUUACAAAAGACAUAUUUUUAUAUCAGGAAAGACAUUUGUAUGAUUGGAAGAUUCCAGGUCAUGUAAAAGAAGCAUUAUUUCUGUUAGCCAAGAAAUCUUUGGACAAGAACGUCAAGAACGAUAAUUUAGCAGACGAAAACAUAGGAAUUGAAGAAACAAUCUUAUAACCUAAGUAGUAUGUACUUUAAAAAACAUAUAAUAAUAUUAAAUCUUAGUGAGUUCGAUUUUUUGUCAAAUAAAUGUAUAAAAUCUUUAAAUUGUAUCAAUUAUAUACUGAAUACAUUGCUUUUUGAAAUAA